CUAGGGAGUUCUGUCCUGCAGCAUAAGUAAAGUGCGUUAUUUUUUUAAUCAACUGUCUGUACAUUGAUCUAGAUAAUUUUUGUUAUUUUUGUAUGUUUAAUAUAAAUUAAAAUCUGUGGGUUUUAUGUAUGUACAAAGAUGUUAAACUUGUUCAUGUGGUUGUGUGUCAUAUUAGUGUUGGGAACUUCAUCAAGUUUUUUAUUUAGUAAUGACGAUCCCGUGAUUUAUCGUGAAAACGGUCCUUAUUCAAAUAGAAUAUACUAUGACCAGUGUGCACCUAAAGUGACGUGCAAACGAAAUGCAAUUUACAGGACAGUAAAUGGCGAAUGUAAUAACUUGAGGAACCCUUUGUGGGGGUCGUCUGUAACUCCAUACAUCAGACUUUCUGAUGCUGUUUAUAACGACGAUGUUUAUGAAGUUCGUAGACAAUUGAACGGUUCUCCGCUGCCUAGACCUCGCCAAUUACAGAUAGCAUUAUUUUUGCGAAGAUCCUUAUACGAUACACCGGAUAAAUUACACAACAAUUAUCAUCUAAGUCAAUUUGGUCAAUGGGCCAAUCAUGAUAUCAGUCUUAUGGAACCCGAUACAACAGGCCCAGAAAGAUGUUGUUCCAUUCCGAUCUAUGAGAUCAACAGUAAUAGCCCGUACCAAUGUCAAUUAGCUAUCGAGGUACCAACAAAUGACCCAGUUCUUGGUUCUACUGGACAGACGUGUAUGGAAUUUAAACGUGCAAUGACGGCUGCUAAUAAUUUCAACUGUCCCGUAACUCCUCAAACCCCAAUGAAUCAGGCGACAUCAUUCUUUGACGCGUCACAGUUGUAUGGACACAAACAAGAUACGGCGGAUUCAAUAAGAUCGUUUGAUGGUGGAAGAUUGAAAACAGAUAAGAUAAAUGGACGCGAAUUUUGUCCUCAAAAGAAAAGAUCUGGAUCAUUAUUAUGCGAUGAGCGGGAAAACGUGCGCGUUUGUUUUGAAGCCGGAGACCCAAGAUUAAACCAACACUUCGGACUCACAGCGUAUACGACAAUGUUUACCAGGUUUCAUAAUGUUGUGGCUGAUAAGUUACGACAAAUAAAUCCUCAAUGGUCCGACGAACAGUUAUAUCAAGAAGCUAGAAAAUUUGUUGGUGCAUUAAAUCAAAUAAUUGUUUACCGGGAUUAUUUACCUAUUUUACUUGGAAAAUCAUUCACAAAACGCACUGGUUUAUAUCUUAAAAAGAAAAGAAGGACAGAAUACAACCCUUCGCUCAUGCCACAACUGACCACGGAAUUUGCAGGUGGCUUUCGAGUGCCGCACAAUACAGUGCCAUCGUUAUACAAUUACAUGGACAAUGAUUAUGAAAUAGUGGAUUCGGUAAAGCUUAACGAAUGGAUGUCAAAACCUGAUCCCUUAGUAGAAGGCUCAAAGUUUGAGGAGAUAGUCAGAGGCAUGACGAUCACAACAGGCCGUAUGUUCACGCCUUCGUUUAACUAUUUGAUUUCAAAUUUUAUGUUCCGAACUCACGUCACUGGUAGCCAAGAUUUACUGUCAGUAGAUAUUCAAAGAGGGCGUGAUGUCGGUGUACCCUACAUUACGAUAAGAAGAUUGUGUGGUUUCAAAGAAGUUACUUCAUUUAAAGAUUUAUCAACAAUUUUUUCAUAUGACGACGUCAACACACUGAAAGAACUGUACGCAACUAUUUAUGACAUUGAUCUGAUCGUGGGAGCUUUGCUCGAACCGCCAGUCGACGGCGGAACAGUUGGUCCAACUGCACAGUGCAUCUUAGCCGAUGUAUUUUAUCGUAUUAGAUAUGGCGAUCGUUUCUUUUUUGACGUGAAAGAUCAACCGGGAAGCUAUUCGUUAGCACAAUUGAGAACUUUGAGAAAUCUCGACCUGGGCCAUGUGUUGUGUGCUACAACUGAAUUGGAAGAAGUGCCAAUUAAUAUUUUUAAGACAACUAGAUAUUCACCUAGAAUAAAGAAAUGCAGAAGACAUUUAUGGGAUUUGGAUCUUAGUGCUUGGAGAGAAUAGUUUGUUACUUUGUUAGGUAUAUUAUUUCAAUAAUAGUAUGUGCAAAAUGAUACUUGUGUAGUAAUGCUCAUAAUAUAAUCCAUUCAAAUUAUAAAUACUAACAUGUGUAAUAUAUUCAAAGAUUUAGGUAAUUGAGUCAAGUAACUAUCUAAUGUCAGGUAUGAGCAUUAUAAUCAUUAAUGUAUUUUGCUGUGAAAUUAUUAUUUUAUUAUAAUUUAAUAAAGCAUAUUCAGUUA